AAUUUGUGAUCUCGAACAGAGAUUUGCCUCCGGUGCACAGAGGAAGGCUGAAAUCAGAAAAACUCCGGGGAGCUAGCUCUUCCAUGAUCGAUCAGUCGCCGAUCGACAAGUUGUGAUUAAGCAUUGGUUUGGUGGUCGUGAUUGAUCGCAAGCCUUGCAAUGAGUGGUGUUUGGCCUACGUUUUGUUCCACAACUCCCCAUUUUUUCAAGAUCAUUCUGGAGAAUACUUCUAAAGACAUCAAACUUAAAAUUCCAAAGAAAUUUGUGAAGAGAUAUGGAGAACAUCUCUCAAAUUCAGUAUGUCUUAAGAUCCCAAGUGGUUGUGAAUGGGAAGUGGGAGUGACGCGAAGCGGCAAUAAGGUUUGGUUUGAGAAGGGCUGGCCUGCAUUCUCUAAAUUUUACUCCCUAGACUACGGUGCCUUCUUACUUUUUGGAUAUGAAGGGAAUUCUAAAUUCCAGGUUUGUAUAUUUGAUACUAGUGCCACAGAGAUUGCCUAUCCCGUCCAUAUAGAAGAAUCUGAUAACAUUAAUUGUGAAGAUGACAACUCUGUCGAAGUCCCGGACGAUUUCCCACAUUCCUGCCCAAAAACAAGGGAGAAAUCUCCAUUACCAUCUCCUAGGCCUCACAAGAGAAGAAGAAUAAGUUCAAAUAGUAAAGAAAAUUUUCAAGGGAAAAAUGAUAUUAUCAGAAAAGAAUAUGGUGGAGGCUUGUCUAGCACUCAAAGUUUUCGGAAAGGAACACAUAAGGUUUGUGGGAGGAUGCAUUCGUCAACAGCUAAUGUAAAAAGUAAAAACUAUAGCUCUUGA